AUGUCAAACAACAUGAGCUUAUCCGUUAACGGGCAAUCCCAAGUCCCUCCCGGAUUCCGAUUCCACCCGACCGAAGAAGAGCUCCUCCGCUAUUACCUCCGCAAGAAAGUCGCGUACGAAAAAAUCGACCUCGACGUUAUUCGUGAGGUCGAUCUCAACAAGCUCGAGCCAUGGGACAUUCAAGAGAAAUGCAAGAUAGGUUCGACUCCGCAGAACGAUUGGUACUUUUUUAGCCACAAGGACAAGAAAUACCCGACCGGGACACGAACAAACCGUGCCACGGCAGCCGGUUUUUGGAAGGCCACUGGUCGGGAUAAGCCCAUUUAUAGCACUGGAAAACGUAUUGGAAUGCGGAAAACUCUCGUUUUCUAUAGAGGUCGAGCUCCACACGGCCAGAAAUCUGAUUGGAUCAUGCACGAAUACAGAUUAGACGACAACAACAGCAACAACAACAACAACAACAAUAUUCACGAUAUCUCCACCAAUCGAGCUCCGGAACCAGAAGAAGGAUGGGUCGUUUGUCGGGUUUUCAAGAAGAAAAACUACCACCACAAGACAUCAUCAUCAUUGGCACCGGAGCUCGACUCGCCGGAGAAAAACAAUCACGGCAAUAAUAAUAAUAAUAAUAAUAAUGAUAACGUCCUCGAUCAAAUACUAAUGUGCAUGGGAAAAUCGUCGCCACCUUUGGAAAACCAAUACCAAAUAAGCGCGGAAUUUAUUCCCGAUCCAGCUUUCGCGCACCUUCCGGGCCUCGAAAGCCCGGCUCUCAAAUUAUCUCCUUGCGACAGUCGGGCCGAACAAGAAAUCGGGCCUGAGGUUACGGAUUGGGCCGCGCUUGACCGAUUGGUGGCUUCUCAGCUCAAUGGGCAUUCUAAUUCCAAGCAGUUUUGCAGCUUUGGAUCAGAAGUCGGUAUCGACGGUCAGGAUUUUUCUUUCUUUCAAUUUGACCAACAAGAUCACAAGGUACAAGAAUUGGUCGGCGUGCAAAAUUCCGAAAGAUCGAAUCAUCGGAUUUCAACCGAUUUCUGGGGCUUUGCCAGGUCAUCAUCGACGUCAUCGUCAUCGUCCGACCCUCUCUCUCACUUGUCUAUAUGA